AACCGCGGCAGUGGCUUUGGUCAGAACGGGGUGGACGGUAACGGUGUGGGACAGUCUCAGGCCACUUCUGGUUCUGCUCCUUCUGAACCUCACCCGGUUUUGGAGAAGUUGAGGUCCAUCAACAACUACAACCCCAAGGAUUUUGACUGGAACCCAAAACACGGCCGGGUUUUCAUCAUUAAGAGUUACUCUGAGGACGAUAUCCACCGCUCCAUUAAAUACAACAUCUGGUGCAGCACAGAGCACGGCAACAAGAGCUAUCGCUCCAUGAACGGGAAGGGCCCUGUUUACUUACUGUUCAGUGUCAACGGUAGUGGUCACUUCUGCGGAGUAGCAGAAAUGAAAUCUGCUGUGGACUACAACACGUGUGCGGGUGUGUGGUCCCAGGACAAGUGGAAGGGACGUUUUGAUGUCAGGUGGAUUUUUGUGAAGGACGUUCCUAACAGCCAACUGCGGCACAUCCGCCUAGAGAACAACGAGAACAAACCAGUGACCAACUCCAGGGACACUCAAGAGGUGCCUCUGGAAAAGGCUAAGCAGGUGUUGAAAAUCAUUGCCACCUACAAGCACACCACCUCCAUCUUUGAUGACUUCUCACACUAUGAGAAACGCCAGGAGGAGGAGGAAAAUGUUAAAAAGGAACGCCAAGGCCGGGUCAAGUAAAAGGCCGUUGCCUUCCCCCAGAGACUGCAGCAGAGAUUGCAUCCCAGCUACCUGUCAGAGAGAGAAAGAAUGAGC